GAUAGUUUAUUCCGUAGAAUAGAAUAAACUAGGUCUGGGGCGAGCGCGGUUCGCCCGGUGUAUGCUUUAAUAUGUAUGAUGUGAUGCAUGUGAUGCUUGUAUGUAUUAUUGCAUGGUGGAUGAUUGUGGCUUAGUUAUAUUUGUUGUAAUUUUAAAUACGGCCUGCGUGUCGUGCCUCAUCUUUAUACUCUGGAUGUAAUUCUCUUCUUUACCUCAAAUAUUCUUUUCUCUCGAAAAUUAUAAGAAGACAAGAAGACGAAGUCCGUUCGUGAUAGAGAUUCCUAAGGAAGACGUGAUGGGCCGGAGAUAGAGAUCUCUUGAUCAAGGCGCUAUCGUUUGUUUUUCUUUAGGAGCCACAAUCAUUUCACGUUUACUUAUUAUGCAUGUGAUGUAUAUGCAUGUAUGUGAUUUUCGCUAGUGCAUACGCGCGGUGUAUGCCAUAGGCAAGACUGCGUUAUAAAUCCCUCAUAAUUUUAAGUCUGUGCCACCCCGACGCCCCGUCACUCGUCAAACUCAAUUUAGAUCGGUAACGGACUCACCCAAGUGAGACGCCCGGUUUACGUUGGUUAGGCGCGAAACCCGUAACUAGGGUACUGACUCGCCCCGGGUUAGUCUUAACUAAGUCUUGGUCAUAAGGAUGAGAGACUUAGGGCACUGCGGUAGGAUCAAUAAAUAAAAUCAGAUCAUCCAACCAGAGUUGUAAAUUGUUACAAAUGGAAUUUAUUCCUACCAGAAAUAAUUUAACUAUGGCAAACAACAACACAAACAACCUCGCCCUGCGUUCGAUUCUGGAUAAAGAUAAAUUGAACGGAACAAACUUUGUUGACUGGCAACGCAAUCUGUGCAUUGUUCUCCGCAUGGAUGAGAAAGAGUAUGUGCUCGAAAAGCCCAUUCCUCCUGCCCCUCCCGCUAACGCCCCGAAAGCGGUCAAAGAUGCCUACGAGAAGCACGUUAAGGAUGACAACCAGGUUAGCUGUGUCAUGCUGGCUACCAUGAUACCCGAGCUGCAAAAACAACACGAGGACAUGAAGGCCCACGAGAUGAUCGUGGCCUUGCGGCAGCUAUACCAGGGGCAAUCCAGGCAUGAACGUUUUCUCGUGAGUAAGGCUCUCUUUAGUUGCAAGCUCUCUUCAGGGAACCCGGUCGGUCCGCACGUUCUCAAAAUGAUUGGUUACAUAACCAAUCUGGGGAAACUCGGGUUCUCCUUGCAGAAGGAGUUGGCAACGGACCUGAUCCUGCAGUCGCUCCCUGAGCUGUAUAAGGGUUUUGUCAUGAACUACAUGAUGCAUGAUCUUGACAAACCCCUUCCGGAGCUUCUUAAAAUGCUCCAGACUGCAGAGGAGAACCUUACUAAGGGCAAGGGUGCUUCCGUCCUUAUGGUCCAAGGCGGAAAGGGGAAGCCGAAGAAGGGGAUUAAGAUUAAGGCUAGGACGGCAGCCAAGGAAGGUGUGUGGCUCAAGAAUUUUAUUACUGAGCUUGGAGUGGUUCCUAGCAUCAAGAACCCUAUACCGUUGUUUUGCGACAACAAUGGGGCAAUUGCACAAGCGAAAGAACCUCGGUCUCACCAGAAGACCAAACACAUCGUUAGACGUUAUCACAUCAUACGAGAAAUCGUUGCACGUGGGGACGUUGAGAUUUGCAAGAUAGGUACAGACGACAAUAUCGCGGAUCCGUUGACGAAGGCUUUGGGAAAGCCUAAACACGAGAGUCAUACGUGGUCCAUGGGCAUUCGAGAAAUGCUUGAUUGGCCUUAGGGCAAGUGGGAGAUUGUUGUAUUUAGGUGCCCUAGCGGCAAUCAAAUACCUAUGUAACUGUACACUUUAUCAUGAAUGAAAGGCCUUGAAGUAU